AUGGAUGUUUUGGCUUACGUUACUCAGGUGGUAUUGUUAAUAAUUGUAGUCCUACACUUAAUUCUUACUCAUCUCUUUGAACCCGUAGAGGACCCACCGGAUUCCUGGAGACAUAAAGGUCAGGAGAAUCCAAUGAAGAGACCUAAGAGUAUUGUUGAUGUUGGAUGUGGAAUUGGAGGCAGUUCUAGAUAUCUAGCUAGGAAAUAUGAGGCCCAAUGCCAAGGCAUCACCCUGAGCCUCCAAGCCCAAAUGGCUGAAGGUCUUGCUGCUUCCCAAGGAUUAGUCAACAAGGUUUCCUUCCAAGUUGCAGAUGCUUUAAAUCAACCAUUUCCUGAUGCACAAUUUGAUCUGGUAUGGUCCAUGGAGAGUGGAGAACACAUGCCUGACAAAGCAAAGUUCGUUAAUGAGUUGGCUCGAGUAGCAGCACCUGGAGGUACGAUUAUAAUAGUAACUUGGUGCCAUAGGGACCUCUCCCCUUCUGAGGAAUCUUUGCGGCCAGAUGAGACGGCUCUAUUGAAGAAGAUUUGUGAUGCUUAUUAUCUUCCGGCCUGGUGUUCUACUUCUGAUUAUGUAAAAUUACUUCAAUCCCUCUCUCUUGAGGAUAUCAAGGCAGAGGAUUGGUCUGAGCAUGUUGCCCCAUUUUGGCCGGCUGUGAUAAGGUCAGCAUUGACAUGGAACGGCUUCAUAUCAUUGCUGCGAAGUGGAUGGAAAACCAUAAAAGGGGCGUUGGUGAUGCCAUUGAUGAUCCAAGGAUAUGAAGGGUUUAAUCAAGUUCGCUAUCAUCACAUGUCGAAAACCUGAAUAAUUACGAAAGAGAUAAAGAAAGAUGUGCGACAACAAAGAGGCAAGGAGACCAAUCAUGGAUGUUUUGGCUACCGUUACUCAGGUGGUAUGUAAUAAUUGUAGUCCUAUCACUUAAUUCUAUACUCAUCUCUUUGGAACCUCGUAGAGGCCCACCGGAUUCUGGUAGACAUAAGGUCCGGUUUUGUAGUGAAUAAAAUUAAGACUUGAACGAUCAAAAUGAAACAUAGGUGUAUUUUUGUUCUUGUUGUGCUAGUAGUUAUCUCUCUUCUUGCUGCU